GUAUGGAGUAAAACAAGGGUUGAAGAAAAUAAUAAAAGUUUACCAAGAGGUUCAACCACCAACAAACUUUUUGUUUUCCCUUAUUUUCAGAGUCUUCCGGCAAUGUUUUUAAUGUAACAAUGAAUUCAUUGAUCUGUUAUCAGUAAUUACGUGUUUACAUCUUUUGCCUCUUUAUUUAUCUGUCUUCCUCUCCUCUUUCACCAAAUUUUGAGAAAAAAAGACAAGAAGAAGCUAAACGAUUAUAGUGGCAUUGGCACUUUGAACUUUUUCAAGCUAAUGGGUGCCUUGCCUUUGUGAAAAAAACACAACUUUUUUUGUGAAUCUUGGCACUCCAUUUUUAAUUUUAGCCAAAGCUAAAACAGAGUCCUCUGUUCUGUGAUUGUGUGGCGAUCAAACUUGAGAAAAAAAUCAUGGCUGCGAUUAAAGAAAACGCCAAAUCAAGCCUCAUACUAGCUGGAAGAGUGUUGAACGAAGCCAUUAGCUUCCUAGUUUUCACUAUCCUUGACAUUCUUGAUUUUAUCCUCUGUUAUACUUACAAAGUAAUCGAUUUCAUCAUCGAAGCAGAGUGGAAACCCUGUUAUUGCUCUUCGACUAAAGAAGCCAUAACGAGCAGUGGCUCAAUCUUGGUCUCCGAACAAGGAGAGUCCAAGAUUGUGUGUCUGACUUCUUCGAGUAAGCUACAUCUCGAAGAAAUUUCAGACACACUCUACACUCGGCCAUCAUUGGUGGCCGAAUUGUCGAAAUCGACUGUGAAUGAGCUGAAACGCCGCAAAUUUGACAAUGCUGCUGUCAUACAACAGUCAUGUGAAAGGUUGAAAAAUAGAAGUGUUCGUUCAACUUUCACUGUUAAUUCCACCAUAGUGGAAAUGCUUCAAGGCAAAAUGGGUGGUCAGAAAUCUCAUGAUCUUAUUCCUAGGUGGUCGGAUUGUGAUUGUAACACUUGUAAUUCUUGGUCCUCUUCUUGCAAAGAUUCACUUUUUGUCCGAGCUGAUGGUGCCAAAGGUAACGUUCAAGAAGAUGUAAUCUUCAUUCAUGGGUUCAUUUCAUCAUCAGCAUUUUGGACAGAGACAUUAUUUCCAAACUUUUCAAAGGCAGCAAAAUCAAAGUACCGUUUAUUUGCAGUGGAUCUGUUAGGAUUUGGAAGGAGUCCAAAGCCAAGUGAUUCACUUUACACAAUAAGAGAACAUCUAGAGAUGAUUGAGAAAUCAGUUUUAGAGCCACACAAAGUGAAAUCUUUACACAUUGUGGCACAUUCUUUAGGGUGCAUUUUGGCUUUAGCACUGGCUGUAAAGUAUCCUGGAUCAGUCAAAUCCCUCACUUUAAUUGCACCGCCAUAUUUUCCAACACCAAAGGGAGAACAAGCGACGCAAUAUAUGAUGAGAAGAGUAGCGCCAAGGCGCGUUUGGCCACCGAUAGCAUUUGGUGCGUCGAUAGCAUGUUGGUAUGAACACAUAAGCAGAACUAUUUGUCUAGUCAUAUGCAAGAACCAUCGUUUUUGGGAGUUCCUCACCAAACUAAUUACUAGAAACAGGAUUAAGACAUACUUAAUAGAGGGAUUUUGCUGCCACACACACAACGCAGCAUGGCAUACACUACACAACAUUAUAUGUGGUACUGCUGGAAAAAUAGAAGGAUACUUAGACAUGGUGAAAAAAAAGCUAAAAUGUGAAGUUACGGUGUUCCAUGGCGAAGAUGACGAACUUAUUCCGGUCGAAUGCAGCUACAAUGUACAGUCAAGAAUUCCUCGUGCACACGUUAAGGUUGUCGAAAACAAAGAUCACAUCACCAUUGUUGUUGGCAGACAGAAAUCAUUCGCAAGGGAACUUGAGCAAAUUUGGAAAAAUUCAACAUGUUGAUAACUUGUUUGACAUGAUCAACAAGUUCAACUUAUGUGAAUUCCCUACUAUCAUUUUUAUCACCAUAAGUAAAACAAAGAAAGUAUUUUUAUCGUAUAAACCUAAAUUUGGACAAAAAUGAAAGUCUGAUUGAGUUAGUUUUUAUUUUCUUCCACUUUUCUGAUUUGUAUGUCGAAAUGCAGGCAAGCUGAAUGUAUCAGAUAUACGUCUAGUUUAAUAUCAUCACCAAGAAAAAGUAACAUGGGAUAUGAAAAUGUUUUCUGGUGUUUUCUAUAUAUAACCAACGAUCAUAAAAAGGUGCAAUGAAUAUAUAUAAUCGAAAGCUUUAUAUUUACUUA